CAGGCGUUUGCGGCAGUAAUUCUCAUCUUCUCACCCUCAGAGAUGACUGAAGCAUGCAGUGUUUUGAUGUAUCGCUAAAAUCCUAGAGGAUCUGAAAUCAGAGUGCUAGGAUAUUUAUAUACACGUUUUAUAGAAGAGAGCAGUGGGCUGAAAAUGGAGAGCUGUCAACUGAAAAAUCCUAAAGGAGAAUGUCCGGUCUUCAGUCUGUAAGUUGAAACUCAAGUGACUGGAUUCUGCAGCAAGACAAUGAUCCAAAGCAUUGGAGUAAGGCCUAGUCCUAGAAUGUCUGCUGAUUUCUCGCCAGAGGAACAGCUUGAGAUUGAAAACCUAAAGCUGCACAAGCAGGACCUUCUGGCUGACAUUCAGAAGCUGAAGUGGGAGAUCGAGAGUGUGAUGGCCGAAAUUCAGGACUUUGAGUCUACAGAAGAGAACAAAAUCCACGAGAGAGGUAAGCAGAUUUCUAGCGGCAAGAAGAAAUUCAACAUGGACCCAAAAAAGGGGGUCAAUUACCUGGUGGAAAAUAACCUGCUGGAGUGGAAGCCCCAAAGCAUUGCUGAGUUCCUCUAUAAAGAAGAAGGUCUCAAUAAGACUGCAAUAGGAGACUUCCUGGGAGAAAGAGAGGAUAUGCACCUCCAGAUCCUAAAAGCUUUUGUGGAACUUCAUGAGUUUUCAGACCUCAACCUUGUCCAAGCACUGAGGCAAUUCCUGUGGAGUUUCCGCCUUCCUGGUGAGGCGCAAAAGAUUGACCGCAUGAUGGAGGCCUUUGCCACUCGCUACUGUGAAUGUAAUCCAGACGUCUUCCAGUCCACUGACACCUGUUACAUCCUCUCAUUUGCCAUUAUCAUGCUGAACACCAGCCUGCACAAUCCCAACGUGAAGGACAAGACCACGCUAGAGCGCUUCAUCAGUAUGAACAGAGGCAUCAACAAUGGCGAAGAUCUUCCCAAUGAGCUUCUCACGAAGCUGUACGAGAGCAUACGAAAUGAGCCAUUCAAAAUCCCAGAGGAUGAUGGGAACGAUCUGACACACACUUUUUUCAACCCGGACCGGGAAGGUUGGCUUCUCAAACUGGGAGGAAGAGUGAAGACAUGGAAGAGGAGAUGGUUCAUCUUGACUGAUAACUGUCUCUACUAUUUUGAAUACACCGCAGACAAAGAACCGAGGGGGAUCAUUCCUCUAGAGAACCUCUGCGUCAGAGAAGUCAACUACACACGCAAACCGUACUGUCUGGAGCUGUAUAACCCCAACAGUAAGGGACAGAAGAUCAAAGCAUGCAAGACAGAGACAGACGGAAGGGUGGUGGAAGGGAAACAUCAGAGCUACAUGAUCUGUGCUUCAACAGCUGAAGAAAGAGACGACUGGAUCGAAGCUAUCAGGGCGAGCAUCACAAAGGAUCCAUUUUAUGACCUGGUCUCAGUCAGAAAGAAGAAAGUCAUACAGCAAACACCACAGGACUGACCACAACAGUGCAUCAUGGGAUGUGGAAUGAGAAGUGACAAACACUGCAGUCUGCAUGUAGCAGGAACAGAAUGACUAAAUGUUUAGUCAUUACUCACGUCACUGUGUAUAACCAGGAACUGAAGAGAAGCAGUUCUUUUUGUCUCUGCUGUUUGUGUGGAACAAAUAGUUUGUAGCAUGACCAGCAGUUUUUUAAAGACCUACAAUCAAAUUGCUUAAAGAGGUCAUUUAAAGGCCUUGGGAAAGCAGUUUUGAGAUCGAAGUAUUAUUAAUGUACUUUUAUAUUUUUGGUCUUAUGGACCUGCAUGGUGUCUUAAGAUAUUUUGGAAUAAUAGCCAUAUUGGAUUUUUUGAAAUGAAUGCUUUCAUUGUGGGAAAUGAAGCCUCCUCAGCGAGACUGUCAGUGUAGGAAAUGUGUUUUUUCUUUACACACACAAGCCAAUCUGAUGACUUUGUUGAAUACUCCAGCACUUAACACUGGCUCAUUUAAUGGCUCGAUGUUUGGAUAUCACCUCACUUGUCUUGUUGUUUCGGAUUAAAAAUCAAAUUCCUAACAAAUCAAUGUAAAUAGGUGUGAUGGUAUAGAUGUUAUUCAAAUCAUAACACUUAUAGUAGGCUCCUAACACACAGACUUGAACUGAUUUCAUCACUUAGAGCCAAACCCAGAGUUAAGCGCACAGUGAGGAUUUAAUACAGAAAUUACACACAUCAGUUUUCAGACCUCAGAUGUAACUACUAAUGUACAGUAAGUGCUGUUCAGACGUUACACACAUGGGGCGGAGUUUGCCUAAAACAGGUGUGUUUCAGUUGUGCCCAAUUAUGAAUUUUAAGCUGAAAUUUAAGCUUUAGGCUGUAAAUACACUUAAAAUGGAAUGCCAGUUGAGGUCAAUAUUAAAUACAUAUAUUACAUAUGUAAAUAUUGACAUAACCUUUGGACUUGUCUCCAGGUCAAUCGAUAAAAAUUUAUGAACAAUUUCUGCUAGAUUUAUAUUUGUAAAGAAUGAUAGAUCAUUUGACAUAUUGCAUGUUUUAAAUGUAAGCCAAUGGGAAGCUGCCAGCAACGGGUUGAAAUGUGGUCGCUUUUUUGGGUCACAGUGAGGAAUCCAAAUAGUUCAACUUUUUCUGGCCAAUCAGGUUAAAAGUUGAGGGGGCAAGCAAGCAAAACAAACAUGAAGGACAAACUGCUAGUGGAAAAUGCUACGUGAGUUCUUAUAAAUAAAAUUAUGUCACGAAUAGAAAAUAUUUCAUUGCCAAUAUUCCAACAUUGCAAUGAAACAUAUAAAUUAAAAAGAACAACAUGUCUAUGUUUGGGACAUUCACCGGUUUCCAAUGUGACAUCCCACUUUAUCUGUGG